GUUACAGAGACGUGGGGUAGCACUGGUAACCACACACAGUGGAGGUUCCCUGACCAUCAGCCUACACCAACACAAAAUAUGGAUGGAAAUCUACCGUUGACCCAAUCAUCGUACUGCACCGUGGUAGAUAAAAAGGACCAGUCUAAACUAAUAUGCUACACGCAUACAAAAUCUGGGAUAUUCAUUGUUGGCUUGACAAAUGCCUCUGAUGUGUGGUGCACAGAUUUCACUGAGGAGACGUUGAACCAGUUUAGACAGAAGUUUGCCUUAAAGUCAACAGAGGAUUAUAUCCUGAAAAUCAAGUCUGCGUGUGGGAGUGGGAGUGUGUCAGUAUCGGUGCAGGACACCAGUGCAGUGCUCUAUGUAGGGGCCAGUCCAGGAGGGCUGAGUGUGACUCUGUCCAGACUGAAAGAACAAGAGGCUAAAGAGGUUCUGAGAGAACUGCUGUUUAGAAUGGCGGACAGCCUGACCCAUUUAAACAAUACUGCAGGCCCUGCCUCAUUCAGUCCUGGGAAGAGUCCGCACAAACGGAAUACAGACUUUGAGCCAAGGAAACGGCAGCAGAGUGGCCAAAAUAUGGCAGUCAAGAAGCGUCUCCCAGGAGAUUCUCUCAUCAACCCAGGAACUAAGAGAAAGCGUCAAGCAACCGGGGUGGCAUUUGAUGAUGAAGACGAUUAAUUAUGAUUUGCUAUGAGAAAUAACCACAGUUGUUUUCCAUCCUCGCUAUCACAUUUCUCCAGCAUACAAACAAUAUAGUGCAUGAAUGUUCUUUUAAUCCACUGACACUAAACCAUACAACAAAAAUAUAUACCUAUUUAAUGAAUACUGUCCAAAUGAUGACAAUCUGCUUUUUAAGGACUGAUGGGGGUGUGUCCCAAAUGGUACUCAUUCCCUAUUUGGUGCACUACUUUUGACCAGAGCCCUAUGGGUCAUGAUCAAAAGUAGUGCACGAUAUAGGGAAUGGGGUGCAAUUUGAGACGUAGUCAUUAUCAUUAACUCAAUCAUUAUCAUUAACUCAAUCACUGUGGGAAGACUUGAAACAUUUUAAAAUGUAUUUUAACUUUGUAAUAAACAUUACUUUUUAAAGCCA